AUGGCGCUGCCCUUUCUGCUCUCCCAUACACCCGAGUCAAGCUCUACAGAAGGCCUUGGCCUCAAGCAGAUCUCGUACUUUGGCAGAGUUCUUAUAAAGCCGUCGAGCGUUGACUAUGCUCUAUCCUUUGUUCGGGAGAACUUUUCUCUGCUAGAUGUCUGCAUUGAUGCGACAGCCAUCACAGACGUGGCAGACAUCGUCGACAUUCUUAACGCCGGAGCAAUCCUUGCCUUUGUAACGCUUGACCAGCUCAAGACGCUGUCAAAGGAGCAAAGUGUCCCUUUCUCACGGCUAGUGGUGCUCUUGUCAUCGGCCUCGGAAGUCCUUGAUUUGAAGAAUUGGGUGGCCGAAGCUGCUGAGCGGAAAGAUAUUGGCGUCAGUUGCACUUCGUCAGAGGCAUUGGAUACCGUUAUAUCCGAGUUGGCAGAUGAAUCCUCCGUCAAGACAGUCUACAGGUCCUACCAUACCUCGGCAAAGCAAACUGCUCUUCUGGCUAACGAGCAGGAAGGAGUUGUCAGCAUUAUCCCGUCUACAGUUCUGUCAGCAGACAAAGAAGAGCUUUCACCUGCGAAGUUCUUGGUUGCUGGAGCUGUUCCAGAUAGCAACACGGGAUUAUAUGCUACUACUGUUACCGAUGAGCGCGGAAUUUCUUUGGGACUUGUCUGGAGCAGUGACAAGAGCAUAUUUGAAGCCGUUCGGACCGGGACCGGAGUGUAUCAGAGCCGGAAACGCGGAUUAUGGUACAAAGGAGCUUCCAGUGGUGACACCCAGGAGCUGGUCCGAAUUGGCUUGGACUGUGACAAUGAUUGCCUCGUCUUUGUAGUUAGACAGAAAGGAAGAGGUUUCUGCCACCUCGGAACAGCUAGCUGCUUUGGAGCAUAUAGUGGCCUUUCCCGUCUGCAACACACUUUACAAACCCGGAAACAGAGUGCACCUCCUGGCUCAUAUACUUCGCGUCUAUUCAAUGACCCGAAGUUGUUAGAGGCCAAGAUAAUGGAAGAAGCUGAAGAGCUAUGUCAAGCAUCCAAGAAGGAGGAAGUUGCCUCGGAAGCCGCUGAUUUAAUCUACUUUGCGCUCACAAAGUGUAUUGCUUCUGGUGUUUCUCUUGAAGAUGUUGAGAGAAACCUUGACUUGAAGAGUCUAAAGGUGAAGAGGAGACAGGGGGACGCCAAACCGGGUUGGUCAGAGAAACUCGGCCUGGCUAGCACCAAGGGCGGUUCUAAGGAGGCAGCUAAAGAGGAUACCAAACCCAAGCCUCAAGCGAUAGAAGUAGAUGGCAAGAUCACAAUGAAAUGCUACGUCACUGCGUCUACCCAACCGGGGACUGUCAAAGAGGCGCUGCAAAGACCUUCCCAAAAAUCCAAUGAUGCAGUUGUCAACCUCGUUCGCCCAAUUAUCCAAGAUGUUCAGCAAAAUGGAGAUGCCGCGGUUCUAAAAUAUACCCAUAAAUUCGAAAAGGCUACCUCCCUAACGUCACCCGUGCUUCUUGCUCCAUUCCCCGAAGAAUUGAUGAAACUGUCCCCUGAGACCAAGGCGGCCAUUGACGUUAGCUACGAAAAUAUCCGCCGCUUUCACGCCGCCCAGCAGGAUGAAAAGCCAUUAUCCGUCGAAACAAUGCCAGGAGUCGUCUGCUCACGUUUUGUCCGUCCCAUUGGAAAGGUCGGCCUGUACAUACCCGGAGGCACGGCCGUGCUGCCUUCAACGGCGCUUAUGCUAGGUGUUCCCGCCAUGGUUGCUGGAUGCAAAAAUAUCAUUUUUGCAUCUCCGCCACGAUCAGACGGCAGUAUCUCUCCAGAGAUCGUAUACAUUGCCAAAAAGGUCGGAGCAGAUAGCAUCGUGCUUGCUGGUGGAGCUCAGGCUGUGGCAGCCAUGGCCUACGGCACGGAGAGCAUUACCAAAGUUGACAAGAUCCUUGGCCCAGGAAACCAGUUCGUAACGGCUGCAAAGAUGUUUGUAUCAAACGAUACCUCGGCCGGCGUGGGCAUUGAUAUGCCCGCCGGGCCCAGUGAGGUACUUGUUAUUGCUGAUAAACAUGCAAACCCUGCCUUCGUUGCGUCAGAUUUACUUAGUCAAGCAGAGCACGGCGUUGAUUCUCAGGUCAUACUUAUUGCAAUCGACUUGAACGAAGCCGAGCUUAAAGCCAUCGAAGAUGAGCUUCACUCACAGGCUAUGGCUCUACCGCGAGUAGAUAUCGUUAGAGGCUCAAUCUCCCACUCCGUGACCUUUGUUGUCAAGGACGUGGAGGAGGCCAUGACGUUGAGCAACGAGUAUGCUCCUGAGCAUUUGAUUCUUCAACUCGAAAAUGCAGCAGAUGUUGUUCCGCUUGUACAAAAUGCUGGAAGUGUCUUUAUUGGCGAAUGGACUCCUGAGAGUGUUGGUGAUUACUCUGCUGGCGUCAACCAUUCCCUACCAACUUAUGGAUACGCAAAGCAGUAUUCCGGGGUGAAUCUUGCGUCCUUUGUAAAGCACAUCACAAGCUCCAACUUGACGGCCGAAGGUUUGCGCAACGUAUCAAGUGCCGUGAUGCAGCUGGCUUCGGUAGAAGGUUUGGAUGCGCAUCGACGAGCGGUUUCCAUUCGCAUGGCCGCAAUAGACGGUCAGUGA